AUGGCUGCAAAUAUCUUCUCUCUCGAUGGCAAGAGCCUCAAGCUCGAUACGGCUGAGGACAUCGAGGCCCACGUCAAGCCUCUGCUCGAGGACACCUCGUACACGGAAGUUCACCUUGGAGGCAACACCUUUGGUAUUGCUGCCUCUGAGCGCCUUGCGACUGUUCUCGCGACACAGAAGAACCUUGAAGUCGCCGAUCUCGCCGAUAUCUUCACGGGUCGACUCCUGUCCGAAAUCCCCUCUGCGUUGUCCGCUCUAUUAAACGCUCUCCUCGAGAUUCCUACACUUCACACCGUCAACCUUUCUGACAACGCUUUCGGUCUUAAAACGCAAGCGCCCCUCGUUGAUUUCCUCUCGCGCGCCGUUCCUCUGCGCCAUCUUAUCCUCAACAACAAUGGACUUGGGCCCAAUGCUGGUACCCUCAUUGCGAACGCGCUCACAAAACUUGCCGAACGCAAGGAGGAGGCCCGAAAGGAAGGGAAGGAUGCCCCUCUACUGGAAUCGAUUGUGUGUGGACGCAACCGGCUUGAAAAUGGAAGCAUGGCCGCAUGGGCAAUCGCAUACAAAGCCCAUUCCAAGGGCAUGCGCUCGGUGAAGAUGACACAGAACGGUAUUCGCCAAGAAGGUAUUUCGCUUCUUUUGAAGGAAGGUCUCAGCCAUGCGACUGUCUUGGAAGUUGUGGAUCUUCAGGACAAUACGUUUACGAACCUGGGAUCGACUGCUCUGGCAGGCGUCAUUCAUGGAUGGACUUCUCUGCGUGAGCUUGGCGUUGGUGAUUGCCUGCUUUCGGCUCGUGGUGGCAUCAAGGUUGCUCAGGCGCUUGCGGCCGGCAAGAACUCGAAGGUCGAGACGUUGCGUUUGCAAUACAAUGAUAUCAACGCCGAGGGCGUGAAGCAAUUUCUCUUUGCUUCCAAGACUGCCCUCCCAGCUCUCCGACGUGUCGAGCUUAACGGAAACAAAUUCACAGAAGACGAUGGCAAUGUGGAAGAGCUGCGCGAUCUCCUUGAAAAGAGAAAGGAGGAACACGGCUCUGACGAGGAUCCUGAAGAUUCAUGGGGGGUUGACGAGCUUGACGAACUGGAGGAAGACGAAGAAGAAGAUGAGGAGGACGAGCAAGACGAAGAGGAGGAAGAGAGAGCCCACUUGGCGGACAAGACAUUGAAGGAGACUGUCCGUGCCGAAGAUGAACCUGUCUCUGAAAAGAAGGAUGCUGCUGUUGAUGACCUGGCCGAAGCCCUCAGCAAGACUGCUUUAUAA